AUGGAGGUGGAUUCCAAGAAAUUCAACAACGACCCAGAAAGCACAGGCACCAAAAAAGGUGGGAAGAAAAGGAGGAGCAAAUGGGUGUGUUGGGGAUGGGUAAUCUCCGCCGUAUUAGCCAUCGGAUUAUUGAUCCUAAUCCUGAGCCUCACCGUCUUCAAAGCCAAGCGUCCGACGACCACCGUCAACUCCGUCUCCCUCCGUGACUUCCACCUCUCCCUCGACAUCCUCCGCCUCCGGGUCCUGUUGAACGUCAGCGUCGACGCCAACAUCGCCGUCCACAACCCAAACAAGGUGAGCUUCCACUACGACAACUCCACCGCGUUACUCAAAUACCGAGACACUCAGGUGGGCGAAGUCCCCAUCCCGGCUGGCAAGAUCGGGUCGGGUCAGACGCUUCCCAUGAAUGUUACGCUGACCCUCAUGGCCGAUCGGCUCUUGGCCGGAAACAGCCUUUUCUCCGACGUCCGGUCGGGGACUCUGGUCCUGAGUACUUACACCAGAAUCACCGGGGACACCAAGGAUGUACCUUCUUCUCCCACCGCCAUGCUUUCAGUGACAAUGGAGGCUGAACAACUACGUAAGUGUUUCACACAGCAGCCUAUAAAUCCUGAGGAUGAAACCAAUAUUAGGAUGCCAACAGCUGAACUCUUUUCAGCAGAACUGAUUGCUCCAUCAAAUCAAUAUUAG